AUGGCCAGCCAGCCUUCUGCUGCAGGCUCCUUCAAGGAGAAUCCUGUGGACGAAAGUGCGCGGAAUGACAUGGAGUCCAGCGCCUUCGAAGCUCUCGAGAAGGACUUCCAGGAGGUUUUGCAGGAGCUCAUUGGCGAUAAGUCGCUCGAGCACUUCCGCCUCGAGUAUGAGAAGCUCCAUCGCGCCCUAAAGAAGUCCCACGAGAGUGAGAAGCGCUUGAUCAAGAAGUGUCGCGAGCUGAACCAAGAGAUCGUGUCCAAUGCCACGAAGGUCCAGACAGCCUUGAACCUGUCCAAGGAGGACCAGGCGACGAUCUCCAAUCUCAAGAAGGAGAUUGAAAGAGCCUGGAAGAUGGUCGAGGCCAGCCACGAGAAAGAGCAGAGGGCGAAAGAGACGAUCCACAACCUGAAGGUGGAGAUCGCCAACCUGAGCCAUCUCGUGGAGCAAGGUGCUGGGCUCAGCGUGAACCAGGAAAACACGGUGAACAGCUUGAUCGCACAGCGAGAUGAGCUUAUCAAAGCGCGCGACAAGCUUGAAGCCCAGGUGGCCACCUUGACGCACGACAAUAUCGUCCUCACGGAGACCGCUCAGAGAUACGAGUCUGAGAAGGUUCAGAGCGAGGUCGAGAUUGCGGACGUGAAGGACAUGCUCAACGCAAAGAGGACCGAGGAAGAGCGGGAGACCAGGCGUAGAGAUCGCCUGGAAAGCGAGCUGGCGGAGCUCAAGCAAAACAUGGAGGCCAAGGAGAUGGCCCUGAAGCAAGUGAAGGCGGAGAUCAAAUCGCAGGAGGAGGAGAGGGCGAUCACGGAGAUUACGCUCGAGAAGCAGCGGGCCGAGAUCGAAAAGCAGCGCCAGGAUGAGGCAGGCUGGCAGCGCUCCAUCGCUGAGCUGAAGCGGAAGAAGCAGGAGGAUGGCGGCCUGAAGAAGACCAUCAUCGAGGCGAAUGGCAAGCUGGACAAGGAUCUGAAAGCCUGCUACGAGGAAAUUCGUGUGGAGACCGCGGAGCGGGACAAGACGAAGAAGAAGCUCGAGAUCCUCAAGCGUCGGAAGGCACGCUGGCGCACACGGGCUUUGAUUGUAAGCUCCCUUUUUGAGGGUAUGGGUCUAGGCCUUCAGUUUAGGAAAUGCUCCGACGACGACUUCUACUGUGCCACUGCUGCUACCGGACACGACCAGGCCCUGGAUGAUGAGGCCCGUCACGAGAUGAACCUAGCCAAGGCAGGCCUGGGUGUAGCGCUUUGA